AAUCAUUUCGGAUAGUCGGGUCAGAAGCGGAAUUUCAUAAGACCAACCUUAAAAUUACCUUUUUGUUCGAAUAUUUUCACUGGAGACCCAGGUAUCAUAAUUCAGUCAGACCAUCGACAUGGAUGACUUGGCAGCAAAUCCUUUCACUCAGCUGUUUCCUGACAUGAAUGAGGCAAGACAGUUUAUGCUGAUUUCUGCCUCGCAAAAACAAGAAGCUUUGGAGGAGGAAGCAGAGAAGGUUCGCAAAUGUAUACAACUCAACAGUCUUCUGGAGAAAGUGUUUUUAUUUACAUUUGAUCAAGAGAUUACUGAUGACAGUGAAAGGCCAACCAAGCUUGUAAUUAUCAGAGAAUUGAGCCAGUUACUUCAACAGGACAACCAGACAUGGCUUGACAUGAAGUACCUAGAACAGGCGGUGUUUGAGCGUCUGUUGCUGAACAACCCGAUGGAUGAUGUGAUAUCUACAAGACACAAAAGUUCAUCAGAUGAUGUAAAAAUGUGGCGACUUGCUGGAGAAGGGGAGGUACUCAGAUACCUCAUGCAGUGCUUUGAACGGUCCCUCACCGCAAAAACAGACAGACAGAAUGAUGAAUUUGUGGCCGAGUUGACUAAAUGCCAAGAGGUUAUGGUUCUGAAUGCCAGGACAAGCCUACAGCAGCCAGAUCUUUACCAGGGACAGAACCCCAGGGCACAGUUUAUACACCUGUACCAGGAGGAGAUGGGCAGUGCUCUUGAGGAAGAAAGUCGCAGUAUUGAAUUCUUUGACUUGAUUGUAAGAGAGAUAGUUGCCAAUGAGGAUAUGGAUGUUUUGGAGACUGUUUUUAAACCUGUAUUAGACUAUGCCAUGAAAAAGUUUACAGAGGACUUUACAUUGUCGAGUGGCGGUAUCACUCGCUGUAUAGAUCUGCUGGCAUUCUUUACACGUCAUGAGAACCUUGCCAAGUUUUUUAUGAAAUACAUCCAGCCAAAAGACUGGAACAGUGGCAAAGCUUACGAGAGAACCCUGUUAGGUGCUAUGCUGUCCCUGAACUGUAUACCGGUGACAGAGUCUGGAAGCAACCCCUGGUUUGACCAGCCAUCCUCCAAGCAGAAGAGAGAAUUAGAUAUAAUGGAAAGCAACAUUCAUCAGCUGUUGGAGAACUUAGGGACAAAAUUACAUAAGUUUAUGGACACUUUGAUUAGGAUCUCACCACAUCUCCGACACCUGGUCCUCACCUGGAUAGGGAAAUGUAUUCACGCCAAUCUAGGGAGGUCAAAAAUUUGGUCAUCACAGAUGCCUCAACUGUUCAACCAGAUGUUUGCAUCUGAUGGAUUCUGCCUGAAUCUGUGUUUUGUCAUGCUACAGUUCUGUUUCCCCAUCACAACCAAGGAGGCUAAACUCAUGAUGAUACAGCCAAGUUACACCACUGUCAUCACCACUGACGAUCAGCAUGCUCAACAAAUAGGUGUCCAUUCCAAAGGUCUAAACAAGGAAACCUGUCUAAUUCCUCUGGAUGAGAACAACCCCAAACUUGAACCAGAGGAUCAGUACAACUUUGUCACUGAGUGUUUCUUCCUUACGCAUCAGUGUCUGAAUGUAGGAUUCCGGACAGUGCAUGGACGAUUCCUCAAGUUAAAUCAGAGCUUACACCGAAUACAGAGGCUCUAUGAGGAAGUGAGAGAUCAAGGGGAUAGUGCUGUUAGGGAAGUCAAGAGUGAGAUGGAUAAAGCCAUGUCCAUAUACUUGUGUAUAAAGGCUGCUCUUUGUGAGCCACAUAUGCUGGAAAAAGCACUCCACUUUCAUCUGGCAACCUCAAUCUGGCUCUCCAAAAUCACAAUAUCAGAUGAUGUCAGAACAGUCAAAGAAAUAGCAUUCCCUCUGCCAGCGGAGGUCCCUCUGGCCAUACCUCACAUUCCAGAGUUUGUGAUGGGUAAUGUGACUGACUUCACCAUGUUUAUGCAUAGGUUCAAGGACAACCUGUUCCAGGUGGCUAAGGAAAGACUGGACAACUUCAUGACCCUGAUUCUAGUCUAUAUGGGCAGUCCUGAGCGAAUGAAGAACCCACAUUUGCGAGCUGAACUUGCUGAAACACUGGCUGCUCUCAUACCCCCAAAGACAGAUCCUAAUGCCGGACAUUAUGACUUUAUAAGACAUCGUUUGUUUUACUACCAUCCCCAUGUAAAACACAUUUCCGAGAAGCUGCUACAUGUGUUUGUGAGUAUAGAGAUGACAGGACAGAGUGUGGAGUUUGAACAAAAAUUCAAUUACCGCCGGCCUAUGUAUACCACCCUGGAGCACAUCUGGGAGAUAGAAACACAUCGCGACGCCAUCAAGGUGAUGUCCGAGUAUGCCGAGGAACAUAUAGAGGAUACUGACCCUCCACUCUUCUUACGCUUUAUCAACCUUCUCAUCAAUGAUGCUAUCUUCCUGUUGGAUGAAGCAUUGUCUUUCAUGAGUCAGAUCAAGGAGAAGCAGCAGCAAAAGGAACGUGGGGAAUGGCAGGAGUUACCUCCCCAGCGUCGCCAGGAGGAGGAGAAUACGCUGCGUCAGCUGACCAUGAUGGCCCGUUAUCACAACCAGAUGGGCAAUCACACCAUUCACUCUCUAGAGAUGAUCACUAAAGAGAUCACAUCCAUCUUCUGCCAUGCAUCCAUUGUGAGUCGGAUCGCAGGCAUGCUCAACUAUUUCCUUCAGCACCUGGUCGGUCCAAAGCAGAGAAAUUUCAAAGUGAAGGACAAAAACGAGGUGGAUUUUAAACCAGAUCAGACUGUACUAGAUAUUGUGAGGAUAUACAUGAACUUAGGAGAUACUGACUGUUUCUGUCUAGCCGUGUCAGGGGAUGGGCGAUCCUACUCAGCCGAGCUCUUCCCCAAAGCCAUCAGUGUUCUUCAGCGUAUAUCUGCAUCCCCAGCCAUCAUCAGUGACUUUGAAAUCUUCCAGGACAAAAUAACAAAAAUGCGGAUACAGCAGGAAGAGGAGGAAGAGUUGUUUGAGGAUGCCCCCGAUGAGUUCCUAGACCCCAUCAUGGGUACUCUGAUGACAGAGCCUGUUCUGCUACCCUCAUCCAAAAAUAUCAUGGACAAGAAUGUCCUAGCCAGACACUUACUGAGUGACCAGAGCGAUCCCUUCAACAGAUCACCACUCAGUCUAGACAUGGUCACCCCAGUAACCGAACUCAAGGAGCAGAUACAACAAUGGAUGUCUGAGAGACGACAGGAGAAAGAAAAGUGAUGCCGAGUGUAUCUUAUAUAAACAGACCUAGCUGUGAUAUUCUGUAUAAAUAUCUGAAGAUUCCUAAAUACAUAUGGUAUCAUGUUAAGUGUCCCAUACGAAAAGACACAGUUUUGAAAAAAAAACUUGAGUAUAUACCAGUGUGUUAUGUGAGAACUUCAUCAAACUGGCAUAUAAAUUGCAAUAUCAAUUUGUUAGGUAUCAGGUGCAGACCAUAUCGGUAAAUGACUUAUUCAUUAAAUACAGCAAUGGAGAGUAUGAAUUUGUUGAAGAUGUUUAGUGUAAACUUCAUCGUGAAGGUAUCUUAUCUUUCACAGAUAAACCAGCAGGUAGUCUUCAGUCUUCGUCCUGAAGAUAUCAUUAUUUUAAACAGAUAUCAAUGAAA